AUGUCUCACGAGUCGGUCUGGUACUCCCGCCCUAGGACCUACGGCAAGGGCUCUCGCGAGUGCCGCGUUUGCACGCACCCUGCUGGUCUGAUCCGCAAGUACGGCCUCAACAUCUGCCGUCAGUGCUUCCGUGAGAAGAGCGCCGACAUUGGCUUUGUCAAGCACCGAUAA